CUAGAAAUUUGUUAUAUAAAGCCAACCUCUCUACUUCUAUCUCUAUCUAAACAACCGUCAUAAGAAAUAUAUCUUAUGAAUUAUACGUAGUAUAAAAGUGAGCAAUUUGGAUAAGUGUUCCAUCGAAAUUAUUGAGAGCAAGCAUUUUUAAGUUAUUUUCAAUUAUAAAUAAGAAUAACAUCGAUUCUCGAGAAGUUACUUUAUCAACUUACGUAUAAGUCAAAUUACUUUGAACAUGUCUGAGUUGAUACAAACAAAUAGUUCUAAAAGUUCUUUAUUUCCUACAUCUGCUAUUCUCGAUCAGGAUACGAGCAAUGUGAGCAAAGAAGAUGAAAACCAAAGUCCUUGGUGGGAAAUAUUUAACAAAUCGAAGAAUAAUAGCAAUAUCAAGGAAUCAAGGAAUAUAGCUUUGAAUCUUUCUGACAUGACAAUUGCUGAUUCAACCAACAUAACAGGAAAUAUGAGUGCAAAUAUUGUGAAAACUAACAUUUUGGAGACAACAUCUGAGUCUGAGAAAACGGCUUAUAUAAAAAAGAAAAAAGCUCCUUUGAAAUUAGCAAAUAGAAAGAGCAGAAAUAACAAUUUCUUAAGUGCACUAAAUACUACAGAAGAAAAUACUUUAUUGCAAGGAUUAGAUAAAGAGACUCAUACAUCCGAUGGUUUGAACAAUCCUCACUGUAAAAAAAUCUCAUCAAAGAAGUUAGAAGAAGGAAAGGAAGAUGACGAAGAUUUAAGACUAGAUAAUAUUCCUUUGGCACAAAGAAGUUUGGACAAUCUUGUCCAUAGAAAAAUUAUAUCAAGGAAGUUACAAGAACGAAAGAAAGAUAGCGAAGAUUCAAUAGAUGAUAUUCCUUUGAAACAAAGAGUAAAGAUUUCAAGAAGAAAAAUGUCUAGAGAAACAAGUAAUAUCUUUCAGAAUAAGUUAACAGAGGAAACACAUAUUUUCGACAAUAAUGAAUCAUUGCAUGAAUUUGUAAAACAUCCAAUUGCGAAAAGUAAAAAUUCAAAUAAAAGCCAUACUGAUGAUUUAAAUUCAUCAAUUUCUCGGAGAAGUUUAUCAAAAGCUCAACGUUCAAUUUUGAUACCGCAACAUGUAUAUAGAGGAUUUAAUAUUUAA